AGACACCUGUUUCGUGCGCCAUAGUGAACGGGAGUCGGGACGGACGAAUUAACAACUGCCAGAAAAAAGUACCGCAAUGGAUCGCAAAGCAAACAAGACCAGCUAUGCGGGGAACACCGUCACCAAAGUGUUCGUGCUGCUGCUAGUCAUCUGCCUCGUGGAAUGUGUUACAGAGCAGAGAAUUAACAAUAGAGGUAGCAAAGCGUCGACUCUUUUAGCGAAAGUCGGCGGGUGGCGCAGUCAGCGUGGAGGUUCCUGCUUAAGCUACGGACAUUCCUGCUGGGGAGCGCACGGCAAGAGGUCCGGCAAGCCCCCUGCGUCUGCGCCUGACUGGUACAUCACUAGGCUUCUGCGACGCAUGGCUGCCAAUGCUGAACUGAACCACGUGAAGCAGUUGGCUGCAAAGAACGACGAUAUUGACGCCAUCUAUCAGAUGACUAUGCCAGACGACUCACCCGCUACAAACAACCAAAUUGCUGACAAUGACGAGAGUCCCGUGGAACUGCCAUUCAGCAGGAAUAUGGAAGCCAAGCCUAUGCUGGACGACGACUUGUUAUCUAAGAUGAAGAUCUGGCAAAUGAUGAGAGAAUCACCUGAAGAGAAGUAAAAAUUUAACAAAUUAAACCAAAGAUUGACUGACGUUAUUAAUUUCAAAAUUUAUUUUAUUAAAAUAUUUAUAUAAUUAUAAAUUAUAAUACAGUACAUUCGUUCCAUAUACGUUAAUUUAAUACUCUAAUUUUAAUGAUUGUAUUUAAAAAGUCAAUUGUAAGGCUGGGUUACAAUUGGCAAAUAGUUGUAAAAAUAGUUUUUAAGAUAAAAUGUGCCAUUUAUAAAAGUGUAAGAUGUUUUUAUUUAUCCACAUUGUGAGUAUUCAACAUAAUUUUGAACAUUAAACCAUCGACAUAGAAUCAUGACCUCAAUCAUUUACCAUUUUCGAUAAUCAUAAUUCGGAUAUUCACUGUUAGUCAAAAUAAUAUAUUCGAAAUAGUUACCUUAUUACAAUUUUAUGUAUUUGAUUGUAUUUCUAAAAAAAAAGUAUUUUAAAUGAUGCAUUGUUCUAAAAUAUAUCUUUCUGUCCAAACAAAAAUAAUACAAUUAUAAUUUUUCAAUAUCCCCACUAAGUAAAGUCUCAGAUUAAUUGCAGAGUAUCUAAAAGAUCUAAUUUUUGCCAAUAGAUUUCAUUGAUAUGACGAAAAAACUUUAUUAUAUUACCGACAAAUGGCAUUCACAUCAAACACAGAUGAAAAUCACAGAUGUUGCCAUAAAUGCGUAAAAAGUACAGGUAUCUGUAGAUUAUUGCCAUUAAAUAUCAUAAUCUUACUAAGAUUGUUUCAUCUAAGCAAUUACGGAUUUUUUUCAUGAAAACUAUAAGGAUCCUGCAUACAAAAAUCAAAAUGCAGUCCUAAACAGAUUGUGUAUGUAUAUCAAACCCAAUUAUUUGUUUAUUAUAGUAGCGAUGCAAAUGUUCAUAAUUGUUGGUGUUAUUAUAUAAAAUGAAGCUGUAAAAUAUAAGGCAGAUUCAUCUUGGAA